CACUCAAGCGUGAAGUGUGUCCACCGCAUGGCAGKGCCAUCAGCGAAGAAGACAACAAAAGUUGCAAAAACAAUAGCAAAUUACAUAAGUCGUGAGUGCUUGCAGAUUCUACAAAAAAAGGGCAAAGGAAAAAAUUCAAAUAUUUCAGGCACAAAUCUCCAGUGUCUUACACACUCUCCGACAGACGUAAAUAUCAAAUAUAAGAAGAAAGCGUGCGCACAUAAAUUACAAAUUAACAUACUUAAUGUAAUUACAAACGCCGCCAUUCUCGCGCAUAUUUACACGCUAAGCUCACGCCUGCGAGCCUGUCAGCCGCGUUACCCGACCACAUCAAUACCAAUACCGAUGGCAGCUCAUUCAUACGCAGCAUUCGCCGGACCGACUUGUGUCCGCCGUUUCUGGCUAAUAUGCUGCCAAAUAAUACUGUUCGCUUGUUUGUUGUUCUUGCUAAUAGUAUUAUCGUACGUCCCGUCGUACAUCUUGACCAACAGCAAUGACAACGCGUACAACAACAACAAUAGCAGCAACACUAGUACGCAACGUGACGGUGAUUUUCCAACGCAAAUUCGCAAUAAAUUAGAGGARAAUCCCAACAGUCAGCAGGAAACGCCACAUCACCGCAACCGAAGCGUUGAAGGCAACACUGUUGUUGUUGGUGGUGUGGUCGGUGGUUCACUUGACGACCACAACAAUUUGCCCAAGUCACGCAACACUGCUGGACGCGACUAUGGUAGAAAAAAUGCUUGGCCUGCGAGUAACGACGCGCUCGCGGGUUCCACAUUCGUUAUGGAGRAUGGCGAGGAAAUUAUUACUAGCAAUGCUUUGAUUCUGCAUAACAGUGAAGUUAACAACGGAAAUGCUGUAGGAAAUAUAACUAACACACAGAAUCCUAUCAAACUCGCACCACUGGGGAAUAUAUUGAAGAGCAGRCAGAAAAAGUUCAUCAUUUUUAGUGGAGCUGGCGUGGUGAAAUACGUCGCGGGUGUAUCUUUUCCAAUUACUCUKGCCGAUCCGCAUCGCUCAAUUAAUCACUACUACAAUUUACAAAUCCAAUAUCAAAACCUGCCGAGACCGCUCUAUUGGUGGAACUUUUUCAACUCUAGUAGUUUUGCAGCUCGUCGCCGACAGCGUCAACUAACAGAGGCCACUCAUAUUAAGCACGAUACAAGUCGGGAAUUUAUUUACAAAGGAAUCGAGCAAAUUUUUGAACAUCAAGGUCUACCGGGUGAAUCCUGUUUACAGCAAGCCAUUUGUGAAGUCUCCCAACUGCCAUUUCAUGUGCCACGAAUUUGGCGUAAUGAUUUGAGAUACUUUUGGCAGGCCAUAAUCAAUGCUGUAUUAAUACCCACUGUACCCAAUGUAGAUAUGAAAUAUUUGCAUGCCAGCCAAGCGGGACGUUUCGGUGUCGACUGUCAACAAGCGUUUAGUCAGUGCCCACAAAGAGUAAAUGAGUGGCUGCGCAGAGUGGCUAAUAUGGUUUGAGUUGCGAAAUCAUUUAACGAGAGCUGACCAAAAGCUGAGCAAAUACAUUGACCAAAUAAGCUUGUAUAUUUAUUGUACCGUUAUACUAAAAGUGUUGAUGAA